AUGCCAAAUUUAUCCGGCAUUUUUCUUGCUGAUCCAACCUUUGCUUUGCCCGUCAAUAUCGACCUAGUUUUAGGCGGAGAUGUAUAUGGCGAUAUCUUACUCUCUGGCAUGAAAAAGUACGAACGUGGCAUUUUCCUACAAGAAACUCAUUUUGGAUGGAUGAUUUCUGGUCCAUCUACUACAACUCCUUCACAACAAAUUUUGCAUACAAAUUUAUGUACUCUAGAUGAUCAGCUUCGUUUAUUUUGGGAACAGGAGGAACUGCACGAAGAGCGCCAGCUCUCUUCCGAAGAGACAGCCUGCGAAAACCACUUUUUGCAAACCUACAAGCGGGAUAAAUGCGGCCGGUAUACGGUUCACUUACCUUUUAAAACCCUAUUUGCACAGGGUAAGCUCCCAGCAUUUAGUGGCACCGACUUUAACGCUGUUAAAAGACUUAAGCAGCUAGAAAUGCGAUUCAAAAAUCAACCUAACUUUGCAAAGCUUUACAAAGAUUUUAUGGCAGAAUAUCUAAGCUUAGGUCACAUGCAAGAAGUCGGCUUUUAUCCAGAAGAUCUGCAAGAAAAUUCAUAUUUCUUUUGUCAUCAUGGUGUCUUACGGCAAUGCAGCAGCACCACCAAAUUGCGCGUUGUAUUCGACGGUGGGAAUCGUUGUCCCCCUCACCCUUCUCUCAAUGAUGAACUUGCUGCAGGGCCGGCAUUGCAAAGUGAUUUGUCAAGUAUUAUUUCUCGAUGGAGAAGUCACAAAGUAGCUUUUACAGCCGAUUUAGAAAAAAUGUUUAGGCAAAUCAACGUUUGUAAGGAACAUCAAAAUUAUCAGUGCAUUCUCUGUCGAGAGGAUUCUACAAAGCGAAUUAAAAUAUAUAAACUUUGCACUGUCACUUAUGGGACAACUUCUGCUCCGUAUUUAGCGAUUCGUGUUCUACGCCAACUAGCCACUGAUGAGCAAACAAAUUAUCCUCUCGCAAGCCAAGUGUACUUAAAUGAUACCUACGUUGACGAUAUUAUAUCAGGUGCAGACACGAACGCGGAAGCAAUCGAGCUACAACAACAACUCAGCAGGCUGUCAUCUAGUGGCGGAUUUAAUCUUAGAAAGUGGAACUCAAAUUCUGCCGUGUUGAUACAAACAAUUCCACCUGAGAAUAAAGAGAACGCCAAUUGGAUUGAACUUAAGGCAGAGAACCUCGUAAAAGCCCUUGGUCUUUUUUGGGACACGAACGAAGAUGAAUUCUCUUUCAAAAUCAACUUUAGUUUUGCUUCCGCAAUAACUAAGAGGAGUAUGCUCUCUGAUGCGGCCAAAUUAUUCGACCCACUUGGUUGGCUGGCGCCUACCACAAUUAUCGCUAAAAUCAUGUUCCAAAGGUUAUGGAUGGAGGGACUAGAUUGGAAUGACCCACUUCCAACUAAAUUAAAUGCUGAAUGGUUGCAGUAUCGAGAUUCUCUGCAUGAACUCGAAAGCAUAAAGAUUCCAAGGUGGUUUGGAUGCAACAAAUUUAACAAAAUUGAGUUGCAUGGUUUCAGUGACGCCUCACAGGCUGCCUAUGGGGCAGUUGUAUAUGCGGUAGUCUAUAACAACUCAACUAUUUCCGCAUCACUUAUUCAGUCAAAAACUAAGGUAACACCGCUCAAAACUGUGUCAAUUCCGAGACUGGAAUUAUGUGCGGCGGCGUUACUGGGUAAACUCAUGGCGAAAGUGAAAACCUACUUCCACGCGGAUGCACCUGUUUUCUAUUGGACCGACAGCACAGUGGUUUUGAGUUGGAUACGAUGCCAUUCCACGCGCUGGUCCGUGUACAUCGCCAAUCGCGUAGCUGAGAUUCAGCGCAUAUCUGAUGUAAGUCAGUGGAGGCACGUGCGUACAAGCGAGAAUCCAGCGGACUGCUUAACACGCGGUCUGACUCCAAAAGAGCUUAAGGCACAUACUUUGUGGUGGUUUGGGCCGACUUGGCUUACUGGGCCAAUAUCGAACUGGCCACACGAGAACUUAACUUUCGAAACUUGUUUAGAAGAGCGAAAAUCAUAUAUCGCUUCUCACGUAACUACGUUAGCUGAAAACUCUAUGGAAGACCCCGAUUUUAUUUGUAAAUUCUCUUCGCUCUCUCGGCUUGUGCGCGUCACCGCGUAUAUUCUACGCUUUUAUUAUAACUUAAGAGCAGCGCUGCAGCAACACAAAAUAGAGAACAAUUUAUGUGAGACGGGCUUUCUAAAAUCACGCGAGAUUAAACACGCACUCGCUAUAAUAAUCAAGCAGGUACAGCGCAUUGACUUUACCCAAGAGAUACACUGUUUGGAAAAUAAGCAAGCUCUUAACAAAAAGAGUAAAAUUCUUCAAUUAGCUCCUUUUCUGGAUGGUGAUAACUUGCUAAGGGUCGGAGACGCUCAUCACCAAACUCUACAUGGCGGCGUUCAGCAGAUGCUUUCGUUUGUCUCUCAACGUUACUGGAUUCUAUCAGCGCGCAGCUCAGCAAAAUCCGUGCUCCGUAAAUGCGUAAUCUGUUUCAAAUACACAGCGAAGGUGCAUCAGCAGCAAAUGGGAAAUUUACCUGCAGUUCGUCUUCAACCAACUAAACCGUUUCAGCACAGUGGACUCGACUACGCUGGUCCCAUAACACUAAAGCUUUCACUACUUCGCAAAGCGGCAACCACAAAGGGCUAUAUCUGUCUGUUCAUUUGCAUGUGCACGAAGGCCAUACACCUUGAAGUAGUUUCAAGCUUAAAUACUGACGCCUUUAUCGCCGCAUUUCGUCGCUUUAUAUCAAGGAGGGGUCGAUGCAGCGAUUUAUACUCUGAUUGCGGUACUACGUUCGUAGGGGCUAACAAAGAGCUAAAGAUUUCCUUUCGCUCCCCGAACAUCUUGCUGCCGCACUUGCAAAUGAAGGUACGACAUGGCACUUCAUUCCGCCCGCUUCACCAAAUUUCGGAGGCUUAUGGGAAGCGGCGGUUAAGUCGACUAAACAUCAUCUAA